GACCAGGCCUAGUGGUGGCUCAGGACCUGAUCAACCAAGCUGUUUCUACUGGCCGCACGCAAUACCAUGUAUGAACCACAGCCUGGUUGAUCGGACACUGCCUUUAAGUAUUUGUUCCUUACGAGUGUAAACAUAAGAAGAAAACAUAAGAAAGGGUGAGUGAGGAUGUGGAAAACUGAAUUUCUCACAAGAUACCAGUUUAGAGACUCAGGAGAGAAAGAAUGUUAGUUAACCUUACAGAGAUGUGCAUGAAAGAUGAGGGGUGUUGUGGAUCACGGAUGUGGAGGAGGGUUUUGGGAUCAAGAGUGGUAUAUAUGGGUAGUGGGGAAAUUUUGUUUCGGGUAAGGGUGGGUAGAGGGUGGAGGGGCAGGGUGGGCAGGUUGGCACAUCAUCACAGUAGCUGGCAAGUGGGGCAGGGCGCGGGUGUGUGUUGGCUGCCAUGCCCAGCUGUGCCGUCGUAGCCACGCGGGUUUUCACCUCAUGUCCGUGACUUGGCCUCAGUCUUGCUCCUGCCUAGCGGUGACCGGUCGCGCUGCGUCCAUGACUGCCUUCAGUCGUGUUCUGAGCUGGCGGUGACCGAUUGUGUCGUGUCCGUGAUUCGCGGUGAUAGAUUUGCAUGGUGUUGUGGUGAGGUUGCUCAAGUGUUCGUGAUUGUGCACACGGUUCAAUGAGGCGGUAUUAUGCCUGGUGCUCACUCCACUGUACAAAUGUUUCCUACAAAGCCUCCAGAAUGAAGAAAGUUCAAAGCAUGUAAAUAACAGUAUAUCAUAAUCGGUGUGGUUUUGCCAAAGUGAAGUGACAAAUUAUGUUUAGGAGGAAAAUGAACCACAAAAAAAAAUGACUUGGGGAGAAAAUGACCCGGAUAGAAACACUGGUUAGAUACUAGUGCAUCAUAAUGACCCGGAUAGAAACACUGGUUAGAUACUAGUGCAUCAUAAUGACCCGGAUAGAAACACUGGUUAGAUACUAGUGCAUCAUAAUGACCCGGAUAGAAACACUGGUUAGAUACUAGUGCAUCAUAAUGACCCGGAUAGAAACACUGGUUAGAUACUAGUGCAUCAUAAUGACCCGGAUAGAAACACUGGUUAGAUACUAGUGCAUCAUAAUGAAACCCAACUCGAAAACCAGAAUAGGAAAAUAAACUCAAAGAGUGGGGCAGGAGAGUUGAGAGUGACGGAGUGCGGUGUUGAGUACAUGUCAAGAUGCGUGAGGAGGAAGGACAGUGUGGGAACUGCAUCUACUACCUCAAAAACAUCAUCAAGUUCCUCAUCAGUCACAUAGGCCUAGUCUCUCUAGUCAUAGGCUAUACCAUUGUGGGAGCCUUCACCUUCGAGCGCCUCGAGGCUCGCCAUGAACUGGAAGUCAAGAAAAACAUGUCAUUCGUCAGACUUAAGGUGACGGAUGACCUGUGGGGCAUCACUGACCGCAUGCCCGUCCUCAAUGAGACCAAGUGGGCUAAUUCGGUCCGUAAACGAUUGGUCGAUUUCGAGAAGUCACUUAUCCGGGCCAUCAAGAACGAUGGCUGGGACGGGGAAGAAGACUUAGAGACCCAGCAGUGGACCUUCGCUGGUGCUCUCUUCUAUUCCAUUAUUCUCAUCACAACUAUUGGUUACGGGCACAUUGCACCAAAGACUGACUGGGGCAAGGUGGUGACUAUAUUCUACGCCAUCCCGGGAGUACCACUGAUGAUGCUGUGUCUGGCCAACAUCGGUGACGGGAUGGCCCACUCCUUCAGGUUCCUCUACUGGAAGGUCUGCUGCUACGCCUGUACCAAGAGACCCAAGAAGAAGAGGCGAGGUCGCUCCAUACGUUCUUCCAGAAGGUACCACAGUCACCACGGCGGAGGCUCCCGCACUCACUCCUCCUCCUUCAGGAGGUCCAACAGAGCCUCAGAAAAGUCUGCAGAUUCUCACCUCAGCGACUCUGCCUUCUACACUGCGUCUUACUCUGACCAUGAGUAUAAGAUAGACGAUGACAUGGUUGAUGCAGACAUGCGGGGGAUACACAGCAACCGACCGUCUGAACGCAGCCACUUCACAAGAUCAUCACAGAACUCUAAAGGUUCCGAUCAUCUGACGCCGCCGCACAAAGAGGAUGAAGGACGAGUUGCAGUAGUGUUCAACAAGUACGCCCUGGAGAGGGAAGACAUUAUGCCAGAGGAGAGUCACAGACCCUCCGUCAGGGACCAUCAUCCUCACCUUGACGUUAGACAAGAUGGUAACCGGCGCAGCAGAGGAGACGAGGAGACAGAGUUGCCCAUCAUUCAUCAACCCAGAGGACACCAUGAACGUGUCGUCCCAAACCCAGGCUACUCCGACUCCCCCCCGAUGCCUAGGUCACCUCGCUCCUCAGAAAGAUACCCUCGUCACUUACCUCCCCCAACUGAUCCUAGAAGUCGUCUCUCCCGUCUAGAUGAAGACUACUACGAUGACUACGAUGAUAGGUUCGAAGAGGACGAUGACGACGACGAUAUAAUUGGAGACAGGCCAGUUCCUAUCUGGCUGGGAGUGAUGCUGGUGGUGGCUUACAUCUUCGGGGGAGCCUUUCUCUUUGCAAGCUGGGAGAAAUGGGGCUUCUUAGACUCCAUUUACUUCUGCUUCAUCACUCUGACAACAAUAGAACUUGGACAUGUUUCAUACUGGGACAUGUUUGAUACGGACAUGUUUUAUACUGACAUGGUUGAUCUGGACAUAUUUGAUACUGGACAUUUUGAUAAUGGACAAGUUUGA